GAAUGAGUAAUGACACAAACCGCGUCGCGUCGGCGUCUUCCUCCUUCCCUCGUCUCGGCUGUCUGGCACUCUGGCUUCUUCCAAGCUCCCCGUCCAGCUCCCACCCCGCGUUACUAAUUUAAUUCGAGCAGUAGCAUCCGAGUUAGAGCUUGCAAACACCACCAGCGAGAACGUCGUGGCGCGCAUGUGGGCGGCUGCUCUCUCCCGCGUCCCAUCUCCAUAACCGUCGCCGUCGUCCUAGAUCCAACACGCUCCCGAGCUCCAUUCCCACGAGGCCACCCUCCCGCUGGUAAAGUCUCAGCUGCAUCAGCGGAGAGUUCUCGCUUGCACGCGGGAGGACGCGUGGCGAUGGCCGUGGACCGUGGGCUCCUGCUCUUCCUCCUCUCGGCCGCCGCCCUGGUCGGGCUCGCCUCCGCCGCUGGUCCUUCCUUGUCCGACAGCGUGUUUCAGGCGAGCGUCGGAUCUACUGGGAGGAGCUUGCUGCAGGCCAAGAAGAAUUGCCCCGUGAACUUUGAGUUCCAAAACUACACAAUCAUCACAAGCAAGUGCAAAGGGCCAAAAUUUCCUGCCGACAAAUGCUGUGGUGCUCUCGUGGAAUUUGCAUGCCCGUUUAAUGAGUACAUCAAUGACCUCAGCAACGACUGUGCAUCAACAAUGUUCAGCUACAUCAACCUCUAUGGAAAGUACCCACCAGGCCUGUUUGCCAGCGAGUGCAAAGGAGACAAGAAAGGACUUCCUUGCGCAAAUGUCUCCCAGAAAGACAAUACCGCUGCAAAUGGUGGCCAACGAGCUCAAAGCAGCUUGCUUGCUUUGGUUACUCUCAUGUGCGGACUAGUAGCAUUGUUGUUCCACUGAAUGAUGAUUAUCAUUUCUCCGAAGUGGUGUGUUGUGACUGAUGAGUCUAUUCGUUACUCCUCAUGGCGCUCGUGGUGCGGCCGCCUCGUGUUUUUUCCUUUUACAUGUAAAAUCCCAUCUAAUGCAACAUAUUCUCUGGAAUUCCAUUCGUCGAUGCCAGCUUAAACUCGAAUUCAACUCACCGUAUCAUUGUAUUGUGACUGUAACAUUAAAUUAUGUUGAAUGCAUAUCGUUUAUGCUUAUACUGAUA